CCAUGGUUCAAAUGUGUAUACAUAGCUAUCAGGCCGUUUAGUUGUAAACAAGCGUGGUGAAAGACAUGAUGGUGUACCUCAAGGCUCUAGUCUUGGGCCUCUGCCUUCAAACUUUAUGUAUUCAUGCCAARCCGCCUGUAUCAAAGAAAGCUGGGAAAUCUMCGGCUAAAGGACCGGUAAAAUUACCAACAAAAUCWCCUAAUAUACACUCGGCUCCUGCCAAAGCAGCUCUGAAYAUCAUGAAAGCAAAGACGAUAAAGACGAAGACUUCAAAGCCUAAAGAAGUUGAACAUGACAAAUUUACAACAMCCAARCCAGAGGUAAUCCAYGAAGUUCAAGACCGUGAAAUUCACGAGAGAAACGCGAGUUUUAARCACCAUAAUUACGAGGAAAUGACUUGGYURCUGAAAGAGUUYGCYCGUAAGCAUAAGGAYAUCGCAAAGYUAUAUGACAUUGGGAAAUCCGUGCAAAAUMGAAAGCURUGGGUCAUGGAAAUCUCUGAUAACCCUGGCGAACAUGAACCAACRGAGCCAGAAGUCAAACUAGUGGCUAAUAUCCAUGGUAACGAGGUGAUCGGYAAAGAAAUGGCCUUACAUCUWAUACGAUAUUUAUGCCACAAYUACAAAGCGAACCAACGRGUAACCAAGCUWAUAAACUCCACAAGGAUUCAUAUUUUACCGAGCAUGAAYCCUGAUGGAUACGARAAAGCCGCYUCGAGUGACGACCAUACCGUCGGCAGYAARAAUGCUAACGGAAUUGAUCUGAAUCGUAACUUUCCUGACCAGUUUUUCCCGAGUACCACAGGAAGACCACAGCCGGAAACUAAAGCUAUUAUGCAAUGGACCCAGUCUAUUCCAUUUAUCCUCUCGGCCAGUUUACAUAGCGGUGCCCUWGUAGCUAGUUAUCCUUAUGAUGAUAAUCCAUCGGGRCAGAAUCAAUAUAGUGCAACACCAGAYGACGAUGUGUUCCGCCAGCUCGCCAGAGCGUACAGCGAGGCGCACCCAUCUAUGCAUCUUGCUAACGCUCCAUGGAAGUGCACAGAYAAACAGAGAGAGCAYUUCAUUGAUGGUAUCACUAAYGGCGCCGAUUGGUUUAGUAUCUCAGGCGGUAUGCAGGAUUUUAACUAYGUCAAGACUAACACGUUUGAGGUGACGUUGGAGCUUGGCUGUGAGAAGUUUCCAAAUGCCUCGUCGCUGUCMGAGUACUGGAAAGAGAAUAAAGAAGCUAUGUUAAGCUUUAUUGAACAGGCUGACUUAGGAAUUCGUGGGCUGGUAAAAGACGAACAAGGCAAACCUAUCGAAGGUGCCCGAAUCAGCAUCGCGAACCGUCGCAAAGACGUCUUCUCGUACAAAGAUGGCGACUAUUGGAGACUCUUGGUACCAGGCUCUUAUGAGGUAUCUGUGGUCGCGAAGGGGUAUGAACCCGAGACUAAAACAACRACUGUUUCUCCAAACAAAGCAACAGAACUUGACUUUGUUAUGAGGAAAAUACGACCGAGAAAACCUCGACAUAUCGAAGACAACGAGGACCCUCGUGGAAGCAUUCCCUUGAGGAGGUCAUUACGGGAUUAUUAUCGAGAAAGUGAGCAGUCAAAAGAGGACGAAGGAGAAAGCGAUUUCACACCAAAGCAAGAAACAGAAGAACUUGAGUGAAGUGACGUGAUAAAACAUAGUCUUCACUCCGCCAAGAAUUACCGAGUCACGUGGGAGAUUGGGCUGAAAGAAGCAUAUUAGAGAUUCAGCCGUGAAUGCGGUUUUAKAAACAAAUGGCCAUAUUGUACAGUUAGUGUAGAGUUUUGUACAUAUUUCCACACACAUCCAUUAAGGACUACAAAUUGUACAAAAGUGAUUUGUCACAGAAUGAGCGCGCUAAACCCAUGAAAUAGACUAUUACACACUAGAGGUACUAUUUAUUACCUAACUAUGUAUUUGACUAAGAAGGGUUUGUUUCAUUUAAUGUUAUUUUACUCUACAUAUUUCACGGAUUUAUUACGCUCACUCUACUCCUUUUCGAGAUUAGUAAAAUAAUUAAAUCUAAUUACGUCACACAAAGUAGGCAAAGCAUUCUGGUAGUUGUAGUUAAUGACGUCACCUUGUUAAUGCCAGUUAUUUCUGGGUCCAAUAAUGAUUGAAGUUUGACCCGUGAUUUAAAUUUAGGUUAUUAUAAAUUGCAAAUAGCAAGGAUCUGCAUGUCAAGACGUUGGCGUCUUUUUUGUAUCUACUGUUGAAUUCUUUUCAACAUUUGUUAUUAUUUUAUUCAGUUGUGAUAAUAAAUCAAAAUUGUA